ACAAAACAAUCCACCCAGAAAGUUCGUUUUCCACAUCGGUCACUUGAUUCCAAUCUUCUUCACUGCAACCCAUCAACAAAUCCGUGACACUGAAUAAAGUAGUCUGUUAGUGGGAUAUUCUUGUAUCUUAAUCGAAUCAUUUACUCGACCCAAAUGAUUUCUCUUCCUAUUUGAUUCAAUUUUAAUCACAAUCAAGCUCGGUCAAAGUUCGCCGCUUCAAAAUGGCGAUUGUUACUUCAUUGCUGUUCCUGAUAGCGAUUGUUCUUCAGACUGUGGAAUCAAAGUACAUGGAAUAUGAUACUUCGGCUGAAAUUGUUCCUGGGAAGUUAAAUGUCCACUUAGUUGCUCAUUCUCACGAUGAUGUCGGAUGGUUGAAGACAGUUGAUCAGUACUAUGUUGGCACCAACGGAACAAUUCAGGCGGCAUGUGUUCAAGAUAUUUUGGAUUCCUUAAUCCCAGCUUUGUUGGCUGAUAAGAAUAGGAAAUUCAUAUAUGUUGAGCAGGCGUUUUUCCAGCGUUGGUGGAGGCAACAGAGCCAGGCAAUUCAAAGCAUAACGAAACAAUUUAUCAGUUCGGGGCAGUUAGAAUUUAUAAAUGGUGGAAUGUGUAUGCAUGAUGAGGCGGCUCCUCAUUAUAUUGACAUGAUAGAUCAGACAACACUUGGACAUAGGUUUAUAAAACAAGAGUUUGAUUUAGCUCCGAGAAUUGGUUGGCAGAUUGAUCCGUUUGGGCAUUCUGCUGUUCAAGCUUACCUUUUGGGAGCCGAGGUUGGCUUUGAUUCUCUGUUCUUUGGGAGGAUAGAUUACCAGGAUAGAGCCAAACGUUAUGUUGAUAAGAGUCUGGAAGUUGUCUGGCAAGGUUCUAAAAGCCUUGGCUCAUCUGCACAGAUAUUUGCUGGCGCGUUCCCUUCAAAUUAUGAACCUCCAAGUGGUUUCUACUAUGAAGUAAAUGAUGGUUCUCGUGAUAUUCGCAUUGUCCAGGAUGAUAUCGAUUUGUUUGAUUAUAAUGUCCAAAAACAAGUUGAUGAUUUUGUUGCUGCUGCUUUAGCACAAGCUAACAUAACUCGCACAAAUCAUAUCAUGUGGACAAUGGGAACCGAUUUCCAAUACCAAUACGCUACCACGUGGUUCCGGAAUAUGGACAAGCUAAUUCACUAUGUUAAUCAGGAUGGACGUAUCAAUGCACUAUAUUCAACUCCUUCAAUAUACACAGAUGCAAAACACGCAGCGAAUGAAUAUUGGCCACUAAAGACUGAUGACUACUUUCCGUAUGCAGACCGCGUAAAUGCUUAUUGGACCGGGUAUUUCACUAGCAGGCCUGGUCUAAAAGGUUAUGUUAGGGUUAUGAGUGCCUACUACUUGGCUGCAAGACAAUUAGAGUUCUUUAUAGGAAGAAGUAAAACUAAAUCAGCUACAGACAGUUUGGCUGAUGCAUUGGCGAUUGCACAACAUCAUGAUGCUGUUAGCGGUACUUCCAAGCAGCAUGUGGCCAAUGAUUAUUCAAAGCGGCUUUAUAUUGGUUAUAAAGAGGCCAAGGAAGUUGUUGCAGCUUCAUUUGCUCGUCUAACGGAGUCAGCACCAAGAUCUGGUUACAAGGCUUUGGCUACUGAAUUUCAAGAGUGUCCUCUUCUGAAUAUAAGUUAUUGUCCUGCAACUGAGGUUAAUAUAUCUCAUGGAAAAAAAUUGACUGUUGUGGUCUAUAAUCCUCUUGGCUGGAAAAGAGAGGAUAUUGUCAAGAUCCCAGUUAUCAGUGAUAAUGUCAUUGUUCAAGAUUCUACCGGAAAAGAAGUUGAAUCACAGUUUGUACCUCUAGUCAAUACUGCUUUGCGAUUGAGAAACUAUUAUGCGGCUGCUUAUGUUGGAGAAUCUCCGAGUGUAACGCCAAAAUACUGGCUUGCGUUUAAAGCCACAGUUCCUCCUCUCGGCUUCAACACAUACACGAUCACAAGUUCUAAAGGGACAUCAACUCGUUUAGCAAAGAAAAAACCUUACAAGUUAAUCGGAAGUCAGAACGAAACGGUAGAAGUAGGACCCGGAGCUCUUAAACUUGUUUAUUCAGCUGAUGGAGGACUUUCUCAGUAUAUAAAUAAAGAAACAUUGGUGAAUGAAACUAUUAAACAAUCUUACAAAUUUUAUUCUUCCUAUGAUGGAAGCCAAGAUCAUGAAUACUUUCAGGCUUCGGGAGCAUAUGUAUUCAGACCAAAUGGUACAUAUCCUGUCUUGGAAAAGAAGAAGAUCUCACUUAAUGUUUAUCGAGGACCCUUAUACGAUGAAGUUCACCAACGGAUAAAUUCAUGGAUUUAUCAGAUUACAAGAGUGUACAAGGACAAGGAUCAUGCUGAAUUUGAGUUUACGGUUGGUCCUAUACCUAUUGAUGACGGAAUUGGUAAAGAAGUUGCAACUCAGAUCUCAACUACGCUGAAAACCAAUAAAAUAUUUUACACAGACUCUAGUGGACGUGAUUUCAUGAAACGGGUUCGGGAUUACAGAGCUGAUUGGACCAUUAAAGUAGAUCAACCUAUUGCCGGAAACUAUUAUCCUAUAAACCUUGGUAUUUACUCAAAAGAUGACAACAAUGAAUUGUCGAUUUUGGUGGAUAGAUCUGUUGGGGGUUCUAGCAUUGAGGAUGGGCAAUUGGAGUUGAUGCUUCAUAGGAGGUUGUUACAUGAUGAUUCUAGAGGUGUAGCAGAGGCACUUAAUGAAACGGUCUGCGCUCUCGAUGAAUGUUAUGGCUUGACUGUUCAAGGAAAAUAUUAUGCAAGAAUUGACCCUCUUGGUGGAGGAGCAGCUAAGUGGCGUAGGUCUUAUGGUCAAGAGCUUUAUUCUCCACUUCUUCUAGCCUUUGCAGAGCAGGAUGGUAAUAAAGGUAUAGAUCUUCAAAAACCUAUAUUUUCAGGCUUCGAAUCAUCCUAUAGUUUGCCCGAGAAUGUUGCGCUAAUUACCCUUCAGGAACUUGAAGAUGAAAAGGUUCUCCUCCGCUUGGCACACUUAUACGAGGUUGGCGAGGACAAGGAUCUCUCAGUCAAGGCAACCGUAGAACUUAAAAACUUGUUUCAAGGAAGACAGAUAAGUGAUGUGAAAGAGAUGAGUUUAUCGGGCAAUCAAGAAAGGGAUGAAAUGUUAAAGAAUAGAUUAGUUUGGAAAGUAGAAGGUUCUAAAGAUGGCAAUGUCGGAAUAUCAAGAGGAAGCCCCUUAGAUUCGGAGGAGCUUGUGGUUGAACUUUAUCCCAUGGAGAUCCGAACAUUUCUUGUUGACCUUGAUCAUCGUGAAGAGCCAGGGAUAGCUGUGAAGUAAGUGUAAGUAUCUCUUAGAUUAUUGAUUCUUAAUUUUAUAGUACUGAUAAUAGUUUUUGGAAUAUGGUUUAGGUAGUUGGCGGUUUUUCAGUUCAUCAGUCUUCCCACGCUAAUAAGAGAUUAUCUCGGUUUUCCUCAAUUUGACACAAAAAAAUGAG